GCAAGAUGGGUCACCAGCAGCUCUACUGGAGUCACCCCCGGAAGUUCGGCCAGGGUUCUCGCUCCUGCCGCGUUUGCUCUAACCGCCCCGGUCUGAUCCGGAAAUGCCGUCAGUGUUUCCGUCAGUACGCAAAGGACGUAGGCUUCAUUAAGUUGGACUGA